AUGAAUGAACCGAGGGAGAUCAAUGAACGGGCGAAGUUGGUGAAGUCGGUGGAACCUGAGGAAUCAGUGGAGUCGGUGGAGCCAGCUGAGCCCGAAGGAUUCAAAUUCAAGCGUGAAAAGCCUCAGAUCCCUGAAGGAAUGAGUAAGCAUCAGUGGAAGAAGAUGAUAAAACGAAAAAGAUGGGAAGAAAAUAAGGGAAAGAUGAGAGUGAACCGGAGGAAAAGGAAGAGAGACCGUAAUGCAGAAAGAAAGAGAAAAAUAGACGAACUUAAGGAGAAGGGAGAAGAUUAUAGCGAUUUGAUGCCUGCCAAAAAGCCCAAGAAGCUGAUGCCAGAAGAGCAGGUCAGUACAGGGUGCAGAAUUAUCGUUGAUUGUGGAUUUGACGAGAUGAUGUUAGAAAGGGAAGUUGUUUCGUUGAGCAAUCAGAUUACGCGAUCUUAUUCGGAAAAUAAAAGGAGUCCUUACAGAGUAGAGCUUCUCAUCACUUCGUUCAAUAAGCGACUCAAAGAAAGAUACGAUAAGUCUAUAAGAGAUUAUGACAAAUGGGACGAAACCGAAGUCAAGUUUAUUGAAGAUGACUUGGAUGUGGUAUUGAAAGAUGAGGAUCUUUCUAAGGUAGUGUACCUUUCGGCCGAUACAGAAGAGAAGUUAGAGGAGUUAAAAAGUGGUGAGACCUACAUUGUAGGAGGAAUUGUUGAUAAGGGAAGACACAAAAAUCUCUGCAAAGAUAAAGCCGAAAAGCUUGGAAUUAAAACCCGAAGACUUCCUAUUGAUGAAUCUAUCAAAAUCAGUGGAAGAAAGGUUCUUGCUACGUCGCAUGUUGUGGAGUUGUUAAUUAAGUGGUUCAAAUAUAAGGAUUGGAAGACUGCAUUUGAAGACGUUCUGCCUCCAAGAAAGCUGAGAGAGGAAAAAAACAAUGAGAAAGUAGUAAAGAAGAAAGAAGCCAUUGAAGAGACUCUCGAAGACUCCGAUUAA